AUGCAUCCGGAUAAGGCCUCUGGACCGGAUGGGAUGACUGCCUUUUUUUACCAGAAAGCAUGGGCUACGGUUAAAGCAGAUCUAGUGCUUUUGGUCAAUUCCUUCUUGCGGAAUGGAGAUUUUGAUAAAAGGCUCAAUGUGACAAAUAUCUGUCUUAUUCCAAAGGUGGAUAAGCCAACAAGGAUGACGGAGUUACGCCCCAUUAGCCUAUGCAACGUUGAGGUACUUAUUGCACAUUUUCGGAAAGCAGAACGGCUGAAACUUCUUACUGGAAUCAAGGUUUUGACUGCUAGUCCCGCCAUUUCCCAUCUCUUAUUUGUGGAUGACAGUCUCUUUUUCUGCCGGGCCACGAAGGAGCAAUGUGAAGUGGUGUUGGAUAUCCUUAAGAAAUAUGAAUGGGUUUAUGGCCAACAAAUCAAUUUUCAAAAAUUCUCGUUCCAGUUUGGACACACGGUGGAUUCUAACCUCAGGGAAGAAUUAAAAGGAGUUCUGGGGAUCACAAAUUUGGGUGGUAUGGGAUCUUACUUAGGUAUCCCGGAAAGCCUGGGUGGGGCUAAGACGAAAAUAUUUUCGUUUGUUCAGGACAAAUUGCAAGCACGGGCAAGUGGGUGGCCGGCUAGGCUUUUAUCAAAAGGGGGUAAGGAGGUGAUGAUCAAGUAUGUUGCUACGGCUGUCCCUACUUUUGUGAUGUCGUGUUUCAGACUACCUAAGACGGUUACGAGGAAGUUGACUAGUGCAAUUUCUAAUUUUUGGUGGAGUUCAUCUGGACAAUCACGAGGACUACACUGGGUGGCGUGGGAUAAACCAUGUAAUGGUAAAGAUGCAGGGGGUUUAGGUUUCCGGUGCUUGGAUGAUUAUAACACCGCUCUGCUAGCAAAGCAGCUCCGGUGUUUGAUCACAGUACCAGAGUCAUUUUUUGCACGAUUUUUUAAAGGACGAUACUAUCGGCUCUCUGAUCCUUUGGAUCCAAUUAAAUCUUACUCGUCGUCUUAUGGGUGGCGAAGUUUCUGCUCGCUCUCUGGUUAA